AUCGUAAUUUUCUGAUAAUUUUGGAUCGAGUAUUCAAAGGUGGAUAUUUCUAAGACCCAGCUAGGUUGUCAUUAAUGUGAUUAUAUCCCACCGUAUCAUCAAACUAUAGUGUUUUUGAAAGAAAAACAUUAUUAAAACAUGAAAGCAGAUCCUAAAUCUAUGUAACGUUUGAUUCGAACAUGAAGCCAAAUCCCAAAUGUGUAUAACGUUUGAUUCAAGCAUGAAACCAGAUCCAAAAUCUAUGUAACGUUUGUACAAGUUAAAAUUCAUAUAUUGAAAAUAUUAUCCAAUCUUCACCAUCUUAAAACCAAAAUACCGUUCAGCAACUCCUCCGUUAACAUUUCGAUUGCCCUCCCUCCACCACCGUGUGCCACCACACCAUGACCCUCCUACUACUCCCCCCUUUCUUCCCUUUAUUCUUCCUAGCUUACAUUAGUUACAUAUUCUACCAAAAACGCCGGUUCAAGCUCCCACCGGGCCCACGCCCAUGGCCAAUCGUCGGAAACCUCUACGACGUCAAACCAGUCAGGUUCCGCUGCUACGCAGAGUGGGCACAGCAAUAUGGUCCGAUCAUCUCCGUUUGGUUUGGAUCAACUCUAAACGUCGUCGUCUCCAACAGUGAGUUAGCAAAAGAAGUACUUAAGGAAAAGGACCAACAAAUGGCGGAUCGGCACAGGAGCAGAUCGGCGGCAAAGUUUAGCAGAGAAGGGCAGGAUUUGAUUUGGGCGGAUUAUGGACCACACUAUGUGAAGGUUCGGAAAGUAUGUACACUUGAAUUGUUUUCACGGAAGAGGCUUGAAGCUCUAAGACCAAUUAGGGAAGACGAAGUUACGGCUAUGGUGGAAUCUAUUUUCAAGGACUGUACCCAUCCUGAUAAGAUUGGCAAGAGUUUGCUAGUGAAAUCCUACCUAGGAUCAGUUGCAUUUAACAACAUCACUCGACUCGUUUUUGGGAAACAGUUUGUGAAUUCUGAGGGCAUGAUAGAUGAGCAAGGGAAAGAGUUUAAAUCUAUUGUGGACAAUGGGAUAAAGCUUGGUGGAUCUUUAGCCAUGCAAGAACACAUUCCAUGGCUCCGGUGUUUCUUCCCACUUGAAGAAGAAGCCUUUGCCAAACAUGGAGAACGUCGUGAUCGGUUGACCCGAGCAAUUAUGGAAGAGCACAUUGCCGCUCGUAUGAAAAGCGGAGGAACCAAGCAACAUUUUGUUGAUAUUUUGCUCACACUUCAAAAGCAGUAUGACUUGAGUGACGACACUAUCAUCGGCUUACUUUGGGACAUGAUCACGGCGGGAAUGGACACAGCCACAAGCUCAGUUGAAUGGGCAAUGGCCGAGAUAAUCAAGAACCCAACGGUCCAACAAAAAGUUCAACAAGAAUUAGACUCCAUAAUCGGCUACGAACGUGUGCUCACAGAACCCGACUUCUCAAACCUCCCAUACCUCCAAAAUGUAGCCAAAGAAGCUUUGCGAUUGCACCCCCCAACCCCACUCAUGCUCCCUCACAAAGCUAACACAAAUGUCAAAGUUGGCGGUUACGACAUCCCAAAAGGGUCAAACGUACACAUAAAUGUGUGGGCCGUGGCCCGUGACCCUACCACAUGGAAAAACCCGUUGGAAUUUAGACCAGAACGGUUUCUUGAAGAGGAUGUCGACAUGAAAGGACAUGAUUAUAGAUUAUUGCCAUUUGGUGCGGGAAGGAGGGCAUGUCCGGGUGCCCAAUUAGGGCUUAAUUUGAUGACCUCUAUGUUAGGCCACCUUUUACAUCAUUUCUCAUGGGCUCCAGCUAAUGGCUUGAGCCCUGGAGAAAUUGAUAUGUCUGAAAACCCUGGGAUAGUGACAUACAUGAGGACCCCGCUUGAAGUUGUUGCCACACCUAGGUUACCUGUUGUAUUCUAUAAACAUGUGGUUGUUGAUAUGUAACGUGGUUUGUGUUUGAAAGGUAUUGUGAUGGUUAAAUUUAAGUUUGUAGAGCUUUUGUAUGUUUAUUGAGGUUGAGUGAUUGGAAGAAAGAGGUGUUAUAUGUUCCUUUCUUGAUGUCAUGGUAAAGGAAAACAUAA